AUGGCCCGGCUCCUUCUCUCCAGACUUCUUGCGGUCGUGCAAGGCAAGCCGGAGUACCAGUGGUCCAAGGUACAGCGUCUGCAUUUAGUAUGUGACUGUGGCCCCCACUUCCGCAGCCGGGAGCCGUAUGCCUUCUACUUGCAUGAUUUACCUAAAGAGCUUCAAGUGCCUGUAACAGUGCAUUUCCAAGGGGAGCAGCACGGCAAGGGGCCGGUAGACCGACUCUUUGGAUGGGGGUGUGCUUGGAUAGAGGAUUUCUUGCAGAAGCAACCCAUUCAUGGUCUUCGCGAUUUGGUGCAAUACUACCGUUCAGGGGCCCAAUAUAUGGUGAACUCCGACCCUACAGGGCCAAAAUUCCAUAUUGAAGCCUUUGACCCUGGAGAGCUUCGACCUGAGACUCGUACCUUUUUCCAACGCCCCGGCUUCUUGAUCACCAGGACGUACUGUUUGCACACUGAUUUCGUCCCAGGAUACGCUCAUGGCAUCCGCUUAAAGAACAAACUGUUCAGCGACUCUGAGGGGGCUGUGCUCCAUGGCUGGUUUAUAGAGACUAGAAACCAAGCAGCGCCUGCAGAUGAAGAGCCGGACAUUGCCGACAACAAUGCAGAUGGAGACGACUUGGCACCAGAUCCCAAGAAAUGGCGUCGUGGCUUCUGGAACUCUGAGAAGACAUGGGAAGGUUCUGGCCCAAAGCCCGGCCAAAUCAAUGAAAUUGUAAGGCGGCAUGGAUCCCAGAAGUCUGCCCCGCCUCCUGUAUUGCGGCCUUUCCGCUCAGAAGUUGAGAAGGCUUUGUCUGCUGCCGCUCUCCGGCUGCGUAAUGCUGCCGCCAAAAAGCGUCGCCAGACAGCUUGCCUAAGGCAGGCUGCUAGCGAUAGCUCCAGUAGUUCCGACGCGUCUAAUUCCUCUGACUCUGACUCAUCUGCAUCUUGA